AUGGACGGUCUCGUUGGUGUUUUUAAGGCGAGCACACUCCUUGCAAGAAACUACGCGAAAUUUGACAAGCGUUACGGUGCGGCGUUGGGCAACUUUGAAGGAUCCGCGGUGCAUGUUCUUUCCCUCAUGGAACUCUUCGUGAAGGGGCCGCUUUGCAUUUUGCUAUACAGGGCCUAUCAAACCCACAGCAGACACCGUGAUGCACUGGAAUUUUUUACCUGUGUGACGCAGGCGUACGGCACUUUAGUGUAUAUUGGGGAGGAGAUAAUUAGCGGUAUGCCACACCUUGACGUGGACUAUAACUGGGAGUUUACACCGCACUAUUUGCUGUACUUUUGGUUUGCGAUAGUGUUUGGCUGUCUUUGUUACCUUUUCGUUCCGUGUUGGUGGGGGUGGGAAGCGUACAAACGACUCGUCGCGGCAUCCUCGCACCCUGCAAGGAAAGGAAUGUCCGCAAGGGCCGCCCAUCCUCCUCCUCCUUCCUUUUCCUUUUCUCCAGUGAAACUUACGAAGACGAAGUAA